CUUUCCUUCCUCUUCUCUUUAAAGAAGGAAUUUUUGGAACCAAAAACGUCUUUAACAGUCCUAGAAUUUAAGAGAAAUUGCAGAGCUUGCUGCUGUCCUUCCUUCCUCCUCAGUGUGGGUGUCCUUUUCCAAUUUUUCUGGGUGGCUUUCCAUAGCUUCCUCUCCGUUGCUGCUCAAUUUCCACAGCCACCAUAUCCGACCUUCUCAACAGGAAACUCUGUUGCAAUAUCGUUGGAAUUGGGAUGGUAUUUAAAUUGACGUCAAGAAUACUGAUUAAUCCACUCGUCAUCAGCAGAUUCUCAUUUCAAUUCCUUGUGGGGUCAUAUACAAGAUCUUUUGUUUGCAGAUCUUUUGCUGGGUUUCAAGAACCAGAUAGAUUAUGCAAACCCGUAAGUUUUUGUUCUAGUACCCUUUCAGCUAGGUUAUGUUGGGAAAAUUCCUCCCAUGCGAUUCUGUUACAAAAGCUUGAAAGUACCUUGAGGGAACACAAAGUGGGUGAAGCAUGGGAGUCUUUCAAUGAUUUUAGAAGGUUGUAUGGUCUUCCCCAUACUUCUCUCGUGGCUAGGUUGGUCACUGAACUAUCUUAUGCAUCAAGCCCAAACUGGCUGCAAAAAGCUGGUGAUUUGGUUAUAGCAAUAUUGAAUCUGAAAUGUGAUUUUCUUCCGCCUGUUAUCUUGAAUAAGGCAGUCCUUUCUUUAGCAAGAGCUCAAAUGCCUAUCCCUUCCUCCAUGAUCCUUAGAUUGAUGCUAAUAAAAGGGAUACUACCCCCCAUGAAUGUAUUGUGCUUGGUGGUUCUGCACAUGGUGAAGACAGAGGUUGGGACAUGUAUUGCUUCCAAUGUCUUGGUCCAGAUUUGUGACAGUUUCCUACACUUAAGCACAGAAAAAGGCAAGCAUGCAAAGGCAAUAAAACCUGAUACGAUGAUAUUUAACCUUGUGCUUGAUGCUUGUGUUAAAUUUGGAUCAUCUCUUAAAGGCCAACAGAUUGUGGAAUUGAUGGCAAAAACUGGGGUUGUUGCUGAUGCAGACUCAAUCAUAAUCAUUGCCAAAAUUCAUGAAAUGAAUGGGCUUAGGGAUGAGAUUAAGAGAUUUAAAGAUCAUAUUGAUCUUGUGCAAAUUCCUUUUGUUUCUCGUUACUGCCCAUUCUAUGAUAGUUUGUUGAGUUUGCACUUUAAGUUUGGUGACAUUGAUGCAGCUGCUGAGCUUGUUCUGGAGAUGACUAGACGGCAGGAGUCUUGUUCUAACUUCAAACCUAUGAAAAACCUCCAGAAGCCUUGUAUUGUUCCAAUUGGGUCUGAGAAACUCAGGAACGGUUUGAAGAUUCAGAUUUUGCCUGAGCUGCUCAAGAAAGAUUCUGCCCUCCAGGUGGAAACUAAAUCAGCUCUUGUUAUCUUUAAGGAUGGAAAACUUCUUCCCAGCAACAAGGCUCUGGCCAAGCUUAUCCUCGGAUACAAGAAGCAAGGGAGAAUUAGUGAGCUUUCAGAGCUUUUGGUCUGCUUAAAAGCAGAGUUAUGCUCAGGCAAAGGAUCUAAUCUUUGUGAUGAUGUGCUUGAUGCUUGCAUUGAAUUAGGUUGGCUGGAAACUGCUCAUGACAUUUUAGAUGACAUGGAAUCUGCAGGGAAUCCCAUGGGCUCUAGUACAUAUGUAGCACUCUUGACAGCUUAUUACAAACAAAAUAUGUCCAGCACAGGAAAUGCUCUCCUAAGAAAAAUAAGGAAGCAUGGGUGGAUUACAAAUUUGUCAAAUGAGUCAGUCAUCUCUGCAUGUCUGUCAAAAGUAUCAGAUAAAAGUCCUCAUUGUACAAAUGUAUUUUCUUUUAUUAGUCAAUCAAGUUUGCAUGAGUCUCUGGUUCGAGAAAUACAAGAGGAGGAAAUGACAAUUUCUCCUAGUGUUUUUCAGUUGAAUUCAUCAAUUUACUUUUUCUGCAGGGCUAAAAUGAUAGAGGAUGCUUUGAAGAUAUACCGAAGAAUGCAAGAGAUGAAAAUCCGGCCUACAGUGCAUAUUUUUUCUCAUCUAAUCGAUUGUUAUUCUUCCUUGCAUAUGCAUCGUGAUAUUACCAUUCUAUGGGGUGACAUUAAGAGAAACAUGGACAGUUGGGAUUUAGUUUGUAGGGAUCUUUAUGAGUUUCUUCUAAUGAGCUUUCUGCGAGGUGGUUACUUUGGGAGGGUGAUGGAGAUCAUUGGUUAUAUGGAAAGGCAUGGCAUGUACAUUGACAAGUGGAUGUACAAGAGCGAGUUCCUGAAGCUCUAUAAGAAUCUUUACAGGAGCUUAAAAGCAUCAGAGGCUCAAACUGAGGCUCAGGCCAAGAGACUUGAGCAUGUUCACGCAUUUAAGAAAUGGGCAUGCAUUGACUGAAGCUUUGUUCAAAGUUUUGUAGCUUUUGAAGGGUAGUUGCAAGAAAGGUUGUUGAUAAGGUAGUCUUCUAUUGUCAAGAAUGACUCCUGUACCUUAAAGAGUUGAAGCUGUAGUACUUGGAAGUAACGGUUCAGAGUAAGGAGUAAUUGAGCACUUUAAUCCUUUUGAAUGCUUAAAGGAUCCAACUUGGGUUCCCCAUCCUGGAAAUAUAUAAAUUGUUCGAAGUCUAUAUAGUUGUGUAGAGCUUUUCCUCGUGGUAUUUUGCUAUUGUUUACUCUAUAUUCGGAACUUUUAAAAGGUUUGGAGUACCCUGCACCUGGCCAGUGGGCUUUGACC